AUGAAUAAUAUGAUGGGGAAAAUCAUUCUUUCCACUAUUCACAAGAGUAAAGGAUUAGAAUUUGAUCAUGUUUUUUUGGUAGAUAUAAAUGAGGGUAUUUUGCCUAGCAAAAAGGCUCAAGACAAAGAAGAAGAAUUGGAAGAGAGUAGAGUAUUUUAUGUCGGUAUCACUCGAGCAAAAAAAAAAUUAUAUUUGUGCUGUUCUGAUCAAGAAAGGAUUUCUCGGUUCAUUAAAGAACUUGACAGCGAUCUAAUAGAAAUCGAAACAACUGACAGCAAGUCAAUUCAAUACGAAAAAGAAAAAAUUAAUAAACCAAAAUUUGAAACAUUUGAUGAUCCUGCUUAUUUUACUUUACUCCCACCUCCUGAGAAUCCACAAAACAUUAAGAAAAAUGUUUGUAAGGCUCUGGAAGCAAUUGAAAAGGUUAAAGUGGGGAAUAAUUCACUAGAAGGAUUAACUUAUAAAGAGUACUUUAGAAAAGACUAUGAUUUUCUCGGAAAUGCCUAUCAGUUUUUUUUGCAACAGUUUGCGGCUGAAGGAGGAAAACAAGGAGGGCAAUUUUAUACUCCGCUGGACGUAGUUGAAUUAUUGGUCAAACUGCUUCAAAUUGACAAAAAGGGAGCAAUUGUUUAUGAUCCUUGUUGCGGCUCGGGUGGAAUGUUUGUCAAAGCAAAUCGUUUAAACAUGGACAAAGAAUUAGUUUUUUUAGGGCAAGAAUUAAUUCAUGAUACUACUCGUUUAGCCAAAAGAAGACUGAUUAUGGAGGGUAUUAAAUCUUUUCAGAUCAUUCAAGGAGACACCUUAUUCAAAGACGAACAUUCAAAUGAAAAAGUUGAUUUUAUCCUGGCCAAUCCACCUUUCAAUCAAAAAGAUAAUAAAAUGGUCGAAGGGGAUGAACUGGAAGCUAUUAUUACUCUUCCUAACAAACUUUUCUAUACCACUUCAAUUUCUCCUUGCAUUUGGAUUUUACGAAAGAGUCGAAAAACUGAUGAAGUUUUGAUGAUUGAUAUUUCUCAAGAAGACUUUGGAGAAAAAAUAACCAAACAAAAGAAAAGCGACAAAGAACGAAUUCUUACCUCACGUGAUAUCAAAAAAGUAACACAAGUUUAUCAAAAAUUUCUCAAAGAAAGAAAAAUAGCAAAUUAUCUUCCAUCGCGAAUAGUCUCGCAAAAAGAGAUCGAAGAAAAUUAUUAUAUUCUUGUACCAACUUUUUACUUAAAAGCCAAAGAAAUUAAAUUGACUCAAAAGGAAAUUAAUAGAAAGUUGCUAUCAACUACCGAAGAGUUAGAAAAAUUAAUUGAAGAACAAGAUAAUUAUCAUAAGCAGUUAAGAGAGUUAUUAAAAGAACUAAAAAAAGAAAUAGAUGAAGAAACGGAAUAA